AUGGUUAAAGGUUUUAGUCCAUAUAAACCUCAUAGACCUCAUACGCUUAGGUUUAAAGGUUCUGUCAUUCCAACGGCAAUUAUUCCAACUAUUGUUGUCACUAUAGUAGCAGCAGUCGUUACUGUCGUUCAUCAUAAAACAAGUAUAAAACUGGGUAUAGCAAAUACUUUUAUUUCUGUACUCGGUUUGGUUGUUGGUUUAUUACUUACUUAUAGAACAAAUACUGCUUAUGAUAGAUAUUAUGAAGGUCGUAGAUUAUGGUCAACAUUGAGUGUUGGAAUUAGAAAUAUAACUAGAUAUAUUUGGGUUUGCGUAAGCUUAAGUGAGGAAGAAAAAAAACAUGAAAAAAAAGACCUGGAAAAAAGAACAAAUAUAUUAGAGAUAGAGAAAAAGAAAGCUAUAAAGCUUCUUGCAGGAUUUGCCAUUGCUGUAAAACAUUAUCUUCGUGAAGAAUACGCUUAUGAUAAGGAUGACCAACUUAAAACUCUCGUUUCGAACGUAAAACUGGAUUCACCAGAUUAUUGGCCAAAAGGUAUCGAAAGUAGUGAUAUUACAAACCGUAAAAAAAAACCUCAUUUACGUGGAAAGGGAGAUAAUAUUCCGAAUUAUAAUCUUCCAUUGGAAAUCUCUUUAUUUCUUUCCUCUUAUAUUCACACCCAAAUGAAAAAAAAAAGAAUUGAUGCCCCAACCUGUAAUAGUUUACUCCAGAAUCUUAAUGUUUUGGUUGAUUGUUUAUCUAAUUUUGAGAGAAUUUUGAGAACUCCUAUUCCCUUAGCUUAUUCAAUUCAUUUAAAUCAAGUUGUGUGGAUUUAUUGUCUUAGUUUACCUUUUCAAUUGGUUGCAACCACGGGAUGGGCCACAAUCGCUGUAGUAUUUUUUGCCACAUUUGUCUUGAUCGGUAUUGAGAGAAUUGGCGCUGAAAUCGAAAAUCCCUUUGGUCUUGAUGAAAACGAUUUGGAUCUUGACGGUUUUUGCAGAAUAAUUGAUGAAGAAGUCAAAAUCAUUACAUCUCGUACAGCACCAAAAACCAUAGAUUGGGUUCACACUGAAGAAAAUCAUCCAUUCGAUGAUCAAAAAAUCAAUGCACUUCAAGCAGGAAAAUUACCUUUGAGUGAAGUUAAAUCUAAACUUCCAAAUUCGGCAAAAAAUUCUAUGGAUAUAGAUCGAGAACAAGUUUCCGGAGGUGUUGACCAAAAUUCAUCUCAAAAUUUAAACGAAGUCAAAGUCGAAAAAUAA